UAACGGCCGGGGCGGGAGCGGCCGCAGCCCCGCCGCCCCUCCGCGCCCUGCGGCCGCCGCCGAGACCCGCGGAGCUGCAGCCGGAGGUGAUGUGAACUAGUGUGCUGCAGAAAUUUGGACUGGACAAUGAUCACCAGAGAUCCCUUGAGAACAUCUCUGUGAGUCUAUAACGCAUGAUGUAGAGGAACAUAUGGAAUGGAGUGUAUGACCAUAUAUAUAUUGUGUGGCUGCUCUUGGAGAGGCCGGGGCUGCUAUAGCGACGCGGAGGACGCCGGCGCCGAGCGGAGCCGCGGGGACGGAGCCCGGACAUGCCCUUCUCCCAGCGCACCUAUCACCCGCCGGCGACCGGGCCCGGCGCGGGGCCGGCGGCGUUUCCCGCGUUCCAGUUCCGCGUGCGGCACGAGAACCCGGACUGGCGGCGGCUGAGCACCGUGGACGUGGAGCGGGUGUCGCGGGAGGGGGACGUGGCGGUCCUGCAGGCGCACCUGGAGCAUGUCACCUUCUGCAGCGCCGAGCGGGAGUGCUGCCCGCACUGCCAGGGCCCCGCAGACCCGCUGCUGCUGAAGCUGCUGCGCCUGGCGCAGCUCUCUACCGAGUACCUGCUGCACUCCCAGGAGUACCUCAGCGGCCAGCUCGGCAGCCUGGAGGAGGCCCUGAGAGAGACGCAGGCCCAGCGUGACCAGCUGGGCAAGGAGGUGGCCCAGCGCUCGCAGGAGAUCCAGGUGCUUAAGGAGGAAUGCCGACGGAGGAAGAAGAUGAUCAGCACCCAGCAAAUGAUGCUGGAGGCACGAGCCAACUACCACCAGUGUCCAUUUUGUGAAAAGGCUUUUAUGACCUAUUCCUUUUUACAAAGUCACAUUCAAAGGCGUCACCCAGGAGAGUCUGAGAUCGAACAGAAGAAGAAAGGAAAUAUAGAAAAAUUGCAGGAUGAGAUUGAAAAACUGAAGGAGCAGUUGCAGCUCACCAAGUCCAAGUUAGAGUUUGAGCAACAGGCUAAUUUGGCCAGGUUGUCAAAGGAAUGCGAGCAGCAAAAGUCAAAAGAAGAAGAAUUUCUACAAUCAUUUCAUAAAUGGAAAGAAGAGGAAAGAGAGAAAUUUGCUGAUCAAAUAGAAAAAGUGAAAGAUAUGUUUACGAAAGAGCUUAAGGACUUACAUUCAAGAAACUCAACCUUAGAAAAUCAACUGUUAGAAUUACAAAAGUCCAAUAUGCAACAAAAAUCCAAUUUAGGAACACUGAAAGACAGCCAUGAGUUUACAGAGGAGAAACCUCAUCAUCUUCGGGAUCAUCCAUAUGUGGUUAAACUUCUAGAAAAACAGGAAAAAAAGUGGGUGUCUUGUAUGCAAGCCAAGUGUCAUGACCAUGAGACAGAAACCUCCAUGCUACGGUCAGAGGUUGAGAACACCAAAACAUCAGCGAGGGAAGACCUGAACAGAAAUAACAUCUUUUACAGGAAGAGGAUAGAAGAAUUGGAGAAGAGGCUUCAGGAGCAGAAUGAUCUGAUUAUUAGUCAGAGGAAGCAGAUAAGAGAAUUGUCUGUGAAACCGGCUCCAAGUGUUAAAACAUAUGAUGUGAACACUCCUGUAGAGCGUCUUCUAGAACCUAAACCAAGUCCAUCAGUUCCCCCACCUGAGCAGGCACCCUUGGUGCAUAUGCUGGAGCCCAUAGAGGAGCUUUCAGAAGAGGAAAAAGAAACUGAGAAAAUUGAUUUAAAACCAGACAGAAGUAAGCACUAUUUAAUAAAUGCUCUGAAGUCUGAUCCUUCUUUAACUAAAGAAUUGCGAGUUGUUUUGGAGCAAGCUCUGGAGGAGAAGCUGGAAUCCUUGGGAAUUAAAGCAGGUGUUCGUGGAAUAUCAAGUGAUCGCUUAAAUAAAAUUUUGCGAGCCAUUGAAUAUGCCAGAGAACGCAAAGGGAGACAAGAGCCCGCCAUUCACGGAAUUCGAGAGCGCCUUGAACGUCAAGUUGGCCUUCGGGUUGAAGAGAAAUCAUUAUCCUCUAGCAGAGCUGAUUCCUGUGCUCAGCUUCCUGGUGAAGAAAAACACAGGUUCAACCCAUUGGUAAUUUCCUCGCUUGCCACACCUCAAAAACCAUCCAAGUGGUCUCCAUCAGCUGUCCGCCCACCUGGACAAAGAGCAGUCAUCCCUGACUAUAGUUCUACACCAAAACCCAGGAAGAUUAUUGGAAGUGGGGCUUCCAGAAAGACAUCUAGCAUCACAACACCACCAUUCAGUUCAGAGGAAGAAGCUGAUGAAGAUGAUAUGAAACAGUCUUAUGUAACACCAGAGGCAUUGCAAAAGCAGUCAAAACCAUCAAGCAGCAUAGUCCAUGCUUUUCAGAAGCCUAUUGGCAAAAGCAGUGGGGAUGGGAUGGAGGAAAACGGACCUCAAGAAACUGGAACACCUGCCAAAACUUCUAAAGGAACAGUAAUUCAAAAACUGACCAAACAAGUUGGAGAGAGUCUUUCUAACCAUGGAAGUAAGAACAAACCAGCUGGAGGAAUUAAUGUUGCACAGGCAUUUAUUAAGAAAGAAGGAGUGAAAGAACCGAAGCUCACAGAAGCUGAUGAAGAUGAUUGGGAUAUUUCAUCAGUAGAAGAAGACAUUUUAUUGCUGAAAAAUGACAGAGGUCAGAAGGCAAUGACAGCUCAGAAAAAUGAGCCCAAUGCUGCAUCUGUGGUACAUGCAUGGGGCCUUCCCAAGAAAAGUGCACCAAAGGAGGAAGGCCUUCAUGAAGCUGAUAACACAAGCACGUUAAAAAGCAGCUUAGUCACUGUAACAGACUGGAGUGAUUCUUCAGACAUAUAAUUGUUCCAUUCCUGAUUGGAGGUCCUGCUUUUGGGUUCUGCUGGGGUUCAAAAUGCAGGUGAAAACAUCAAGUGUUUCCCAGUACCUUCUCUCAUUGGUCCUGUAAUAACAAGGAAUACUGUUUACAGA